GUUCGGCUCCUUUACCUCCGACUGCAGCUUUUGUUAGUUGGUACAUUUCGUAGGUCAUCAAUCAGCCAAACACAAAUUCACUCGACCCAACUUGGCCCUACGGCCUCCUGCAUUUCUCCAGCGUCAUCCUGCAGCGAACUUGCAAUUCCAGAAAGAUCGUCAUUGUGUACGAAAGAAUCACAGCUGUUCAUCCUUUGGUCUUCACCGGAGGACAAUCUCAACUCAAUCGUGUUCCAUCUGCGCCCUCAUUAAAUUUCCGGGACGCGUCAAUCCGAUCAAAUCUACAACAAUGUUGCGACAAAGAAGAUCAUAGCAAUUCGGCCCGUCCAUGACGGCGCAUUCCACCAAAGCCCUACACAUUCGUCGCCAUGAGCUCCCUUCUCCAUCCUCUUCAUAGUGUGAAGCAGAAGUGUCGCCCAAAGCAUCAAGUGUUGGUGCUGAAAUGUUAUCCUCAAUACCAGAAGACUGUCCAGGAAGUCAAGCCGAACUCGUCCGAACUCAGCUAUCUCCUAUACUAUGCCAGUACGCGACGCAGCAAGCUGCAGAAGGUUGGCGCAUUCCUGGAAAAGAAGUGUGCGCACGAUGUCUGGCGAGGACGACUUGGAAAUGUACAAGUCACUCUCCAGAUCCUCACAGCGGUGAUUGAAAAGGCUCCCCGCGACCUAUCCCUCUAUUCACAUUCCGUCCUGACAAUCCUCGGCACCGUGCUGCGCUCGAAAGAUAUUAAUAUGGUUGAGGAGACACUUCCUACAUUCGAGGCUUAUUGUAAGCAUGUGGACUCUGCGCACCUGACAGCAGACCAAGAACGCGUGAAGCAGUACCUAUCGCUGGUGCAAGUGUACGCCGGGUUUGCGGCGAAACAACAACCGACCGAUCGAAGGAACGGCGACUCUAUACCACUCUCGCUAAGAUGGCGCACCGUCGGCUUACGUGCCAUAAAAGCAGUCGUCUCUUCCGACGCCCUAGGUACAGACUCGAAUCAACAACUGAACCUUGUCAUGCCUGUGAUACUUGAGAACAUGUCCCUUGAGGAGGAAGACAUUUUAGUCCAUCUGCAGGAAAGAGCUAAGACCAUCGAUAGGCUGGACGGCGAUCUUGCAAGAAAGAGGCGGACGAGUCUGACUACCAUAACAACUGUGGACACGGUCGACGGCGAUCCGGCCACAGCUGUCGAGACUACGGCGGGAGCUGACAAGGUUGCUGAAGAGGAAGUCCGGGCAUUGGCACUACGCUGUCUGAAGCAGAUCUUCUCGGUGGGCAUUGGCAGCACAAGAGGCCAAACGAGAUUGGCGACAGCAUUGACACUCAAAUUCAUCGCCUCGAACAGCCCGCCGCAUACCACGCCCGAGAGUGCCGACCAAGGCAACUGGGCAACCUCAUUAUUCGAAGCCAUUGCGCGGUGGACGCCCGUACAGGAUCGAUUCAUCAUCUUGGUCACGGCGAUGGAGACCCUAGUCCGCAGCCCGAUUGUUGAAGGUGUCCUGGAGAAGCAACUCGUCCUUGCGACACUGAUUGACUGGCUCUUGAGCUCGUCUGUGAAUCUUAUCGGGUUAAGUGUUAUGGAUGUACUACUUGGGUUCAUUCAGCAUAUGUUACUAUUGCUCCAACUCGGGGGGCCGAACCCGCGCAUCCGAGCGCCAAUCCAAAAUGACACACUGGGAAUAUAUCGUGAAGCAAAAGAGGCCUUCGAUCCGAGCACGGUCUUAACGGGAUCUGACCUCAAGCGAACUCCAUCCAAGAUCGUUGCGGCAGCCUCUCCAACUCGACAAGAACUAUUGCUGAGGUUGAAGGAAUGUAUCGCCUCACUUUCUAAUCAUAUUUACUACACUGAUCAAAUCAGCGACAUGCUUACAGCAAUUCUGGCGCGUCUGAAGCCAUCUACUCAAUCCGAGGUCCCAUCCUCAGCAGCUGCGAUCAAUGAUCCAGCAGCGGCAACGAGAGCGAUUGCCGAGUCAGCGAGCAUUCAAGAGGAUCCCAACACAUCCGCGUUCUUUUCGUUCAAUACAGCCAGGAUCACGGCAGUCCAAGUCAUCAAGGAUAUUUUGGUUCGCGCCAAUAGCAAACGGAACGCCACAGGUGGCCCGCUUGAAGCACGUGCUCGGGUCGGGGUUCAGGUGUGGGAAGGCACCCAAUGGCUUCUCAAGGAUGAAGAAAGAGAAGUGCGGUACGCCUACAUCGACGCUCUUUUGACUUGGCUGAGGCUUGAGACCAAUAAAUCCGACACGCUGCUGCCUAGGGAUGGUUCUCGGAAACAUGCGCAAAGUAAGAAGAACCUUCAGCAGGAGGCAGCUGAGGUCAAUUUGGCUAAGCGGGCUGUCUCAAGUGCGUCACGGAAGGAAUCAAAGCCUGCCAGGUCGAGCUUUCUUGCCUUAUUGCAUCUGGCAAUUUACGACGGCAUUCUGGACGAUGCUGAGAGUGAAGCUAAUAUCCUCCUGCUAUAUCUUCUGCUGACCAAGCUUGUCGAGCGCUUGGGAGUGAAUGCUGUCCGAAGCGGACUCCCCAUGAUAUUGAGGUUGCAGGAGACUGCUCUCAAUGUCGGCCACGAAAUUACCACCGAGAUCGCCCGCAGAAAACGAUUUGAAAUCUGGAAUCAUGGGGUAAAAUUUCCGGCCGCAUCUAUGAAUGAGAUCCGAAACAGACCAGCUGUGAGCGAGAAGCAAGCUGUGCAUGUCGACGAAGCUGUCCAGACCAUCAAGCCGUUCCUAUCCGUGUCAGACUUGGUAGAUGAGGUUGCCACAGCCUACAAUGAAGCUCUUGCCACUCCUCCGACAUCCGCACCUUCGUCACCCGGUCGGGUCUUCUCUGUGCCUACACUAGGAUUUGGCUACGGGUACGGUGCAGCUCCAACUUCGAAACCAUCACGCGAGGAUCAGCUCCCCACAAAGGUCAAGGAAGAGAUGGCUGCGGGAUGGAGCAGAGAAGCUUGCAUUGCAGCGAUUGAGAAGGAGAGCGCGGCUUCAGUGACUGGAUCAAGAACGGGCGCCUCUUCACUUCCUCCCAGACACUACUUGAACUCUAAUGGUGUUCGCGGACCUGGAUCUGCGAGUGGCCAAGAAUCGCCCGUCAACGCUAAUGGCAGUACGACUCCAGUACAGGGUCUUGGUAAUGGAUUGGGCACUCUCACCAAAGCCAGGAGGCCAAGCGCCAAUGGGUCACCAGCCCGAGGUCCUACUUCAUCUAGUCGAGACUCUACGAUGAGGGUGACGGAUCUCAAAAGAGCGCUCACCGGUGUUGCCAGUGGCAGACGGCGCAGCCCGUUGAGACAACCAAUGACAGCAUCCAGAAGAAGUACAAGGAGCAGUAUGACCAGCAGCAUGGUUAGUUGGGACGAAGCAGAUGACCGUAAUGCAUCGUUCCUUGACGUACGAGCAUCAGGUGUUGCAGCCGACUCAGCAGAACAGUUCACGGACGGCAAAACACCACAGCAGUCACUUAGUCCGUCAAACAACACCGCAGCCGAGACAAGCCGGAGUAUCUAUGAUGCGGUGACAGUGCCUUCAGUCACGGUGGAUCCAAGUCAGAAUGCGGACAUCCCUCCUGUGCCGAAAAUACCUUCCACACUCAAUUUUCCAGGAUCAUGGCCGCGGGAUGCAUCACCCGCUCGGUUUGACCAAGCCUCGCCGCCAAAGACCGCCUCUCCUCCGGAAGGAAUCGAAGCUAGUCCACAAUCGCGGCGAGUCACAAGUGGUGCAUUUUCCACGUCAUCGAAGGCCACACGACCUACCAGCCGACGCGGUAUUGGGGAGAUACCGGCCGGGAAAGGAGUCGUUCAAGGGGACAGAGAGAACCGAGCUAGUCGCUUGAUUAGACCACCUUACUGAUAAUGUAUUUGGCGAGGGACGGGCAUGUACGCGACAUGAGAUUAAUUGAUCCAUAUGUAAUUGACGAGUGUACAAUAAUGAGGUGAAGGUGAUGAUGUUGUACAUGAGUUGGGGUUGUAUAGUAUCUGGUCCUGAGUUGUAGAAAAGGUGUACAAGUACAAAGUUGUAUCAGAACGCUGGCUGUUCAAGUCAUUGUGAUGGCCUUUGGCAGGUACAGUGGAAGACCGUCGAUAACA